AUGACAAAUGAGAGACAAAAUGCACCUCUUCAAGAAUCAGAAAAUGAUACAAUCCGUAUAUUAAUCGCCUCAGAUAAUCAUGUAGGGUUUGCUGAGAAGGAUCCAGUACGCGGAAAUGAUUCAUUCGUAUCGUUUGAUGAGAUCCUUAGAAUUGCUCGCGAAAAGGAGGUUGAUAUGGUGCUUCUGGGAGGAGACAUAUUUCACGACAACAAGCCUUCAAGAAAAGCUUUUUACCAGGCCUUGCGCUCUUUGCGGCUAAAUUGUCUAGGAGAUAAACCAUGUGAGCUUGAACUGUUGAGCGAUACUUCUGUGACAGCUGGUGAUACAGCCAUAUGCAGUGUAAACUAUGAAGAUCCCAAUAUAAAUGUUGCCAUACCUGUAUUUUCAAUUCAUGGAAAUCACGAUGAUCCUUCUGGAGAUGGGAGAUAUAGUGCGCUGGACAUAUUACAAGUCACUGGACUCGUCAACUAUUUUGGACGUGUUCCUGAAAACGACAAUAUAUCGAUUAGCCCAAUCCUUUUACAAAAGGGAUCUACAAAGCUUGCCUUAUAUGGACUUUCUAAUGUUCGAGAUCAACGCUUGUAUCAUUCAUUCCGUGAGAAUAAAGUAAAAUUUCUACGACCUGAUUUGUAUCAAGACGAAUGGUUCAACUUGCUAGUGGUUCACCAAAAUCAUGCUGCACAUACCGAAACAAGUUAUUUGCCUGAAAGUUUUAUUCAAGACUUUUACGAUUUCGUCUUAUGGGGACACGAGCACGAAUGUAUCAUUGACGGAACAUACAAUCCAACGCAAAAAUUCACCGUUGUUCAACCGGGAUCUUCGGUAGCGACAUCUCUGAGUCCCGGUGAAACUGUACCAAAACAUUGCGGCAUUUUGCAUCUUACCGGAAGAGAUUUUUUUAUGGAAAAAAUUCGUCUUCGGACGGUUCGUCCUUUUGUCAUGAAAGAUAUUGUGUUGUCUGAAAUUCAAAGCAUUCCUCCUAUGGUUGACAAUAAGCGAGAAGUACUCACAUAUCUGAUCAGUCAAGUGGAGGAAGCUAUAGAAGAAGCAAAGCAACAGUGGGUGGAGGCUCAAGGAGGUGAUCCUAAUGUUCAAAAUGAGAAGCCUCCUUUACCUUUGAUUCGAUUAAGGGUUGAUUAUACUGGUGGCUAUCAAACUGAAAACCCUCAAAGAUUCUCCAAUCGGUUUGUUGGAAGAGUUGCCAAUGCCACGGAUGUGGUUUUAUUUCACCUUAAAAGAAAAUAUACAAGAACCAAGAAGAACAACGAAGUCGUGGACAAUGUUGGUGAAGAUGUUAAAAUAAAUGCACUGAGAGUUGAGUCAUUAGUGAGUGAAUAUUUGAAAAAAAACCAGCUAGAGUGUUUACCUGGAAACAUACUUGGUGAAGCUGUGAUCAAUUUUGUGGAGAAGGACGACAAGGAUGCUAUUAAAGACUGCGUGGAAGAUCACUUGAGUAAGCAGAUCAAUUUGUUAGUGAAAAAGCGUGUUACAGAAGAGAAUUUAGAAGAGGAGAUUAAGACCUUGGUGAAAAACAUACCUCAGCUCUCGACCACAAAGCGAAAAGAGUAUGACUCAAUGACUACGCCUGCUUCCACUAGUUUUCGGGUUAAUUCCCCGGACUCGGAUCUGGAUGAAGACAGGCCGCUUCACACCCCGGCCCGCGUAGAUGAAAAUGAAGGGAAGGACGAUUUUCAACCACUCACUCAGGCCGAGCCAUCGAGUCAACCACCAAAAACAACUAAACCACGCAUUCUUCCCGGCAGUAUGUACCAAAAGUCAGCAAGCGCGAAGAGGCUAUCAUCGAAAAGCAGCACACCAAAGAGAGCCACAGGACGUACACAGGGAAAACGCGCUGAAAAGCCUGCUGAGAAAAGCACACAAUUGAUGUUCCAAGAUUCGUCUAGCUCUUCACAGAAACCAGCUAGUCAAUACUUGGAUGACGAUGAUGAAAUUCUGGAUGAUUGA